AUGUUCUCGUUCCAGGUCUUUCCUGACCGCAUCGGUCAUAAGCUGCAGUGGCCAAAAAAUACGGACUAUAUUAAUUACAAAGUCCGGCCGCCAUUGUUCUGGCCAGAGAUCAUUUUCUGGUUCGCAUUCUUCAUCGGUUGGCAGUUUGCCAUACGCGUAAUCCUACAUCAUUUAGGAUUCCAGUGUGUGACAACUGCUGAAGGCGGUCCGAAUGCAGUGGAAGUCAUCGUGCAGAGCAUUAUUUCCCGCUUCAGCCUCCUCCCAGCCGCGGUCAUCUUUUUACUUUCGGGACAGGGGUUCACCAGGGUGCAGACAACAAGACAGGAGAUGGCGCGCAUCCGUGUAGCGUCGCUCGAGAUCGCGCAUACGCUCAUCAAGUUCACCAACCCACCGCUGGAUGCCCAGUCUGCUGACGAUUUGCCGCUGCUUGUUUAUGAGUUUCUGUCACUGCUCACUGUGUAUCCCGUUACACUCGUGCAAGAAUUCCGGGGAAACUUCACCCGCGGUUCAGUACUGUGUAACUGCGAGAGACACGCCAGAUUCGUGCGCGAUUCGCGCCGCGGCCACACUGGUAUCGUCUGGGCUCCUGGAACCGGCCACGACAGCACUGGAACCGGGCCAGGGCCUGGAGGCAAGCAGAUUAAUUCUGACCUUGCAAAUAUAAUCCGUGAUCGCCUCGACAUGAUCGCUUCGGCGUCGCAGGAAUGUGCAGUAUACGCAGCACCGGACGUCGUGCCAAGAUGUAUGCUCUGCCUUGCAGUAAUUUGCAGCAUGAUCGUGAUUCUCGCUCUUCCCAUCCAUACGUGCGCGUGGACUGAUGGCUCACUGCCAGUUGCCCACCAGGUGGUGCCCAUGGCGCUAGUUACAAUGACAUGCGCGGGCGCAAUGAUAAUUAUCAGAGAGAUGUGGUCAUUCUGGAAUCCCGUUGGAAGGGCGAUGAAUUCAUUUUCAUGGACGCUGGGCAUUGCCGCAGGGAUGGAUUUAAUGGUGAAUGAUUUCUACGUCCGGGGGAGACCGGACCGUGAGCACGGGUUUGAGCUGGCUGGUGAGGUAUAG